AUGACUGAUGACGAGGUGACGGUAUUAUUUUGUUUUAUGUGUUCUGACUACGGUCCUCCUGACUUCACUAACACUGAGUGGCUAGACAUGUUUAAUAAGAUACGAGAGGAAGUGUACGAUAAAGAAAAUCCUAUAACAAGUGCGGAAGCACAGCAUACACUGAACAGAUUGAAGUUACGUGAGUACCUUUGGGCGGACCAAGCAAGGGGCAAUCUCACCGAGGACGCACAGGAUUGGAUCGUGUACCGUAUUUCAAGAGGUGUCAGUGGUACUGGUAUCCUGUUUGAUUUAUCCAGUUUAAUCACAGCACAGAGAUACCUGAGAUCACGCAGAUACAACAAAAAAAAGGGGGAGAAUUGUGUCAGUAGUGAUGAGAGUUACUUUGAUGACAUUCUGAUACGCCGUCUACAGAUGAACAUAUUGACUCACGUCACCAUGGAAGACACGGAGAUCUGUGAUAAAGUGUCUCAAAUAUUAAAUGUUCCUGUGAGAAUUUUGAAAGAAAGUGAAGAAGAGAGAACACAGAUUCAAAAGGAAUUAAAACAGACAGGGGAGAAAAUUAAACGCCGAAAAGAGUCACACAAUGACCACAAACAAAACCUGACCUGGCUCUGGAGAAACAUGGCAAACGCGAGACUUGAUAUCGUGAGAUCUUGUAUUGGCUCCUAUCCACACUUGGACAUUUACAUCAUAGACAACAUAGCUUACAGAAAACCAAGUACAUACCACAUUUAUCCACCUGAUAUAAGGAGCCUGCUGUACAGUCUUCUUUUGGUGGAGAGUUAUUCUCUUGAUGUCAAUGAUCAAACGCAUAAUAAAGUAAUAGCUGAACUCAGAAAGAAAUAUUUCACUGAAGUGCAUUUUAGUGAGGAAAAAAAAAUUACAGAUAUUCCAAAGGGAAUAAUUGAUAUAAAUGGAAGCAUCGUAAAGUUUAUAUCAGAGGACAUCCGCCAUGAUGUCAUGUACGCCUUUGUUACGGAGUGUCUGGUGGAAGACAGUGAUUUGGAGUUUUUUCUGACCAUGGCGUCGCGUGAUGUGAUCUCAGAAUACUGCAGGUCCUGGGAUUAUCAGAGAAGUGAUGGAGAAAGAUGUCUGUUUGUACCAGACAUACCGGGGGGGAUGUACGACCUCUUCAUAGACAAACUACAGCUGGAUAUCAUCUCACACUGUACUGUGUCUGACUGGGGGAUUCAUGGCAGUAUCAGUAGACAUUUAAAUAUACCACAAGAGAUAUUAAGAUGGAAUAUCGAUGCUAGAGAAAGAUUUGUGAAGAAUUCUAUGCUAGGAAGUGAAAAAAUGUUUCGAGCCAGAGGGAUGAUAGUUGGAUGUGCAGGCGCGGGAAAAACAACUCUUCUUAGAAAGCUUCACGGAAGAGAGAGAACAGAUGACAAUAAACCAACCGAGACAACUGUAGGUCUUGAAGUCCAUGAAGAUUUGUUUGCUGUCGAAAACAACAUUUUAAUAGAUUUUUGUAUGGAGAAGGCAGAAAACCCAUAUCUAGAAAACAAGGUAAUAAGUAUGACAGACUUUGCGGGACAAGUUGCGUACUACGCAUGCCAUCAGGUAUACUUGUCAAGGAGAGCAUUUUAUAUUGUGGUCAUUGACAUGUCCAGGAAGCUGACGGAAGUAUGUCGAUUGUUUGACACAGAUCGCCAUAACCCAACAGGAUCCUUAUUUCACUCUUGGACUUAUAAAGGGGCGGAUCCAGGAAUUGAAGUUAGGGGGGAGCCAGAUUCAGGCAGGGGGUCUGGGGCCGCCAUCGGGUCCAGGGCAAAGCCCUAG